AUGAGCGGCACUAGGACCAAGAGGAAGACAGGUCGCAGACGCACUUUACAACCAGGAGGACGGUUUUCAGUCCGGCUGGAGUUUAGACAAAGUUCCCAUUAAUUAUAUUGCUAUCUGUAGCUGUGAUCACUAUAGGAAGAAAUACACUUUUUAAAAUAUCUCAGGUGAACGGGGCGUCAGGUGUUGCGUCUAUGUUUUCUUCCUCUUCCUCCGCGUCUGUGAUCUUCCUGAAAACACCUGCGUGAUUCAGGUAACUCACCCAUGAAGAGGGAAGUCCUUGCGCACUGAGCGGCGAAAAGUUUGUCCUGCAGGGAUGUGUUCCAGUCAGGGUAUUUGUGGCGGAAACAACCGCCCUCCCAACAGAUCCUCCAGCUCACAGGGCAGUGGUUCAGGAGCCCACUAUGCCCUGUGCGCCCUGGGAGUUGGACUCAUCGCAUUGGGUAUUGUCAUGAUCGUGUGGACUGUGAUACCCAUGGAUGGAGAUGCCUCAGGCGGCUCACCCACUCCAUCAGGCAACUCUACCACAGACAGCUCUGAUAAUGACGAGGACAUCACAGAACAAAGCAAGUCCUCGUCGGUGGCUAUGGCACUGGUUGGAGUUGGGGGAGUCAUGUUGCUCUUGUCCAUCUGCCUCGGGGUGAGAAGCAAGAAGAGAGCUCGCGAGAUGAGAAACCAGCCAGCAGCAACAGGAGGCGCCCUCUUGGAUCAUGUGGCAGGAGAGCAGGCAGAGCCAGCUGCAGAUCCAUCUACAUACAACGUGCCGAGCUACGACGAGGUCGUUGGCAGCGGCGAUUACCCGGUCCGUCAGAGCAACCUACAGCACAGCACCUCCCAGCUGCCAUCUUACGAGGACAUCAUAGCUGCUGUGGAAAACGAGGGAAUGGAACCCACUAACAACCCCACUGAAGACACCCCUCUUAAUGAUCCCGCACCGGCUCCCGCGCCGUCUGCUGUUGCUGCUGCUGAGCCCCAGGCCGACCCUGCUGCCCCCACGUCAAACCCCAGGCUGCCUGCCCGCAGCAGCAGCCGGGCGAGCCGUUUACUGCGGCCCCUGCGGGUGAGGAGGAUCAAGUCAGACAAACUGCACCUGAAGGAUUUCCGCCUCCAAAUCCGUAGCCCCACACAGAAUCCAGUGACCAUUGAGCCCAUCACUCCGCCACCUCAGUAUGACAAUAAGAUGCCUGAAUUAGGGUAGAGCCUCCCCCUUAUGUCUUAUUGCCUGUUCCUGAUGAAUAACAAUAUCUCUGGAUUAAACAGACUAAUGAUAACAUUUCUGAAAACCCAUUUUCAAGGAUGAUGUUAAGUAGGUUAAAUGUUGCUGGGAGCAGCGUGAUGGAAGCCAUGCAGACACACCCAUGAAAUUAGGAAAUUUCUUUCUCUUCUUUGCUAUAAUGCAAAGGAUCGGCUGUUUUUUAAACAUCAUGCCAUAAGUUAUGUCAAACAAAGGACAACAUUUCAGUUUUAUUUAAUAGCCAGUUGUAACGUGGAGUUAUGGAUAAUCUCAUGUUUUUGACCUUACUAGGAAUUAUCAUCAUUACUGUGUUUUGAUUCUGAUUAGUUUUGAAUUGUGGUUAUUUUGAAGCCGUGUGCGGUGAUUCAAGGGGGGAAAAGGGAAACUAAUUACCUUUUUUUUUUUUAAAAAAAGUUCUAUUAAGUAUCAUAAGCAUCAGAUGUGCAACCUUCAUGUGAUUUGUAUGACUUUGAAGAAAACACACCGAGGCCAAAGAUUUAUGAAUUAUUUUCUGUUUGUUUGUGAAUGCCUUUUUAAAGUUGUUUUUAAAUCCCGUGGUCUUAAACAAACUGGUUCAAAUUACCUUUUUGAGCCAGAUAUUAACAGAAGUAAAAUGGAAACUGGAUAUAAUAUGUGAGAUUAAAAAAAAACACUGUUGAACAGUAAAAACCAGUAAACUGUUGGAUAUUAUAUUGGAUAUAUGCUAAAGAGAUGUGGCAUUAGAAAUAAAAUAUGCAUUGUUUCUCAGAA